GAAAGCGCCCCGUGGAGGCCUCCGGGUCGCGGAGGAGCGGGAAGCAGCAGAGACGGAGGCCUGCGACGCCCUCGUCCCCGGGAGGCCACCGAGCGGAUGCCGGUCCCGGGCCGGGCGGGACGAGGAUGCCGAAGGCCGGAAGCGAGGGCCGCGCGGAGUGGGCGGCGCCGCGAGCAGCGACGCCUCUGCAGGGUGAGGGGAUGCCCAGCGCCCACCAACUACCUGGGAGGCCCGCCUCGGGCGCAAACCCUGCAGCGCAGCGGCGAGGACCUGGAAACCCGGCGCGCUGACGGAACCCCCUCCGCGUGACCCGGGCCGCUCCACGUGACCACGACGCCGCGCGCGCCCAAUCCGCGCGCUCUCUAGGCGGCAAGCCGCCCUUUGUUCAGUGCCGCCUGGCCGCCCCCGGGGGAGCCCCGCUGCCCUGCGGAAAGUCGCGGCGGCGCGCGGUGGCUGCCGGGAGCGCACUGGCUCCUUCUGUGGGGCCCACCGGGACGGAAAAGCUACCGGAAGCCCCGCUCUCCGCCCUAGCGCGCGGUCUGCCAACCCGAGGGCAUGGCCGGCCCCGAGGCCCCCGGAGGAGCGGCUGGUUUGACCCUGGAGACGGGCCCCGCCUACUGCCCGGAAAAAGCUCCUCAGACGGGCCAGUGAAUCACCACUCACCCACCUGCAAAAGUGCGCAUCAGCUUCCUACUCACCCUUCAAAAUCCGGGUCAGAUGCUUCCUGUUCUUGAUUGUUUUCCUUCUUUAUAUGCUCCUUCUUGAUUGAACGGCUUAAGCAGUUGAAGCGCAGUCAGAAGGCUUCAGCUGCAACUUCUUCCCUGAUGAGUGACAUCUACCUAUUCUGAUACAUACAUCUCAGAUUGCCUGGAGAUGUGCUGUUAGAGAGUCAAUGUAAUUUUAGAUUCUCACCAGUAACAGUGGAAGCCAGAACACAAUGGGGUGACACCUUCAAAGUUGCGAGAGGAAAUGAUUUCCAACCUAGAAUUUCAUACCCAGCCAAACUAAAAGAAAGAAAUGUUCAGAGAUUCAAGGUCUCAGAAAUCACAUCUCCCACACAUCCAAAAGGCUACUGAAGACAUGCUGCACCCAAACACAGAGUGAACCAAGAAACAGGAAUACCUGGGACACAGGAAUAACACAGGAGAUUUGGCCCAGGACAGAGGCCAAGGAGUCUCAAAGAGGAGGUGCACACAACGUGGAGGGCAGCUAGCCCAAAAUGUAUCGGUAUGACACAGGACAGACCCAGCAAGGAUGGUCAGCAAGGAGGUGUCUGAUGUCACCAUACUCUUAUCUUGAGGCUGGGAGUCCUUUAUGGGAGGAUAAAGGACAGAAAAAGCCCAGAGAGCUCAGAGAAGCUGACAGGAAGCCACCAAAGCCAGAAGCUGGAAGGAGCGAAAUCCAGGAGAGAAGGACCAGCAGACGCCAGCCAUGUGCCUUCCCAAGUGACAGAGGUGUCCCGGAUGCCAGCAAACUGUCUUGAGACUCCAGAUUACCUCUGGAAAAACAUAGAAGAAACUGAUGAUGUCGUUUGUUUCCUGGGCAAAGGCCCACCUGGCUGGGGGACGGUCAAGAAGGAGAACUUCCUCGACUCCCACAUUCCCUUCUGUAUCUUUUGAAUUUGGCAUAUAUUGCCUAAAAAGACAAACAAGUAAAAUCUGAACUUUCAAAGAGGCACCCUUGGAAAUAAGUUAUCAACUUGAAGAUUGAAGGUUGAGACUAGGGGAAGAUGAGGAAGUUGAAACUAGAGGAAGAUGCACGGCAAGGCAAACAGAGGUGGGGGACUGUUGUGGAGCUGGAAAAAACGAAUUUGGCAGAGUUUCUGUAGCACUUCCCGAGGGAACAGAGCUCCAAUUCCAGCACUCUCCUCUUCUGGAUCCCUCUGCAGAGAAGAGAAAAGCAAUCACCAGGCUUGGUUCCAUGAUAAACCAUCCCUGAAAAACCACCAACAUUCCAUUCUUCCCCAACAGCCUGUUUGGAAAUUGUUCCCAUAAACGAUUUAUUAUGUACCAGCAAGCGUCCUCUCCUAGAGCUGCCGUAACAAAGUUUCACAAACUGAGUGGCUUAAAACAGCAGAAAUUUAUUGUCUCACAGUUCUGAAAGCCAGAUCGUUAGAAAUGAAAGUAUCGGCAGAGCCGUGCUCUCUCUGAAAUCUGGAGGGAAGACUCUGUCCGUGCUUCCCUCCUGGCUCUGGGAGCCCCAGGGAUUCCUUGGCUUGUGGGUGCAUCGUCUCCUUCCAUCUUCACAUGGCUAUCUUCUGUCUCUCUGUCAAAUAGCUGCUUAUGAGGACGCCAGUCAUACUGGAUGAUGGGCUAACCUCUUUUUAACUUGCCUGACUCCAUCCACAAGGACCCUGUUUCCAAAUAGGGUCACCCGUUGAGGUACUGGGGAUUAGGACUUCAGUAUAUCUUUUGGGCACCACAGUUCAAUCCAUAAGGCCCUGCACCCCCCACCACCUCCCCUGGGGUAUGCUGCACACAAAAAAAAAUGGUUCCGGAUCUGGGGAUGUCAAUGUUAGUAUUCUGGCUUGUAAAUCAGUUUUUUGUGUUGCAUAAGCGCAGUAAGCAUGCCUUGAUCCCACAGGGAUCCCACAUGGAUGAGAACUGGUAAAAGCCUAUUGCUAAACUCCCACCGUGAACCAGGGGUUCCCUCCGUGGUCUCUGGGCAAGUUCUUAUUUCUUGGGGCAGUAGAGGGGGGCCAAGAUCCUUGUUUCUCCUGGUAUCAGCGAGCCCAGCAUUGCAUCUUCCUUACCACAAGUCUAGAAGCGUCAGUCAUGUGCUGUCGAAGGUGCUGGGGAGUCACACUUCCAGGUGUGGCCUAGGAGAGGAGUGUUCCCUGGCCAACUCCCCACUCCCACCCUACCUCUGGCUUCAAUAGCUCCCCUAGUCAGACAGUGUGCUGGUGCCUUGCACCUUAUCUUAUUUAAUCCUCCCCAUCAGCCCUCAGGAUAAGUGCCAGAAUUACAACCAUCAUUCUGUGUUUACAGAGAAGGAAACUGAGGCACAGAGUCCGAGUUUGCACCCAGCCUUCCAACAUCACAGCCCACACUGCUCCCCGGGGCGCUGCGUUCAGUCCCCAGUUGUCAGAGCUCCCCAGGUGGGGGUGAACCAGGAAAAGCUGCUUUCUGUUGAGCUGAUGGUGAUGAUGGUGGUGGAGGCAGGGCGAACAGAGGUAACCAGGACAGAAUUAGCCUUUGGGUAGAACCGAGGCCACAGUUAAAGUAAUCCCAAUGUGGCUCUCACCUUUUCCAGCAGGAGCAGAACUUGCGCCCUCAAGGAAGUUUCCUGUAUUUCCCCAGAGAGCCUGAGAUCCCUAGCGGUGCUCGCUAAGAGCCUGAGAUCAGGGCUGCAGAGGGGCCUCCCUAUCUCUCCCUGGCGCCCAAGGCUUCCCCGGAAUCCUCGGGGCUGACAGCCAGGUGGGAUUGUCCCCUCCCCCCACGUCACCCCGGGGCACGCAGCACCCCAAACUCGGCCGGGCACUGGACCUGGCGCGCGCGCCCCUCGGGUAAGCGUCUACGCGCCUCCCCUCCGUCCGCGGGGCCCCCGCGGCUGCCCCGGAACCUGGUUCCCCCGGGCCGCAGGCACACCCCCAGGCCUGCGGCGUCCCGAUCUUGCUCCGGCGCCAACCCUCCUGCGAAUCAGUCCCUGGCACAUUCCCCUGAUUGGGCCCACGGGCCUGGACGGGACUGAGCCCACCGUGAGCUGUUGGCGCCUGAAAGCAGGCGGGGAGGGCGCGCCCCCCAAGCGCAGGUUCCUCCGGGGAGGGUUCCAGCCCCUUUAACCCGCUCGAUCCCGCUGCCCUUUCCACCCCACACAAAACCACCCUAGGCCACAACCACAGGCGCUGGAAAGAACAAGCAUCCCGCCAGCCGCGGAGAAGCACGAUGGCACCCAGGAGGAAACGCAGGGCUGGACUCGAUUUUCUGACUUUGCCAGGUCGCUGCAACCUGCCAAAAUCUAGCAGGUUAAUAAAAGUAGCAGCAAUCUGAUGUUCACCACUGACAUCUUUCUCAGUGAGCUGCUCAGCACGGACAAACCUCAGCAAGACCAUGAGCCAAUUGCCCUGUCUGAGUCUGUUUGGUCAUUUGUAAAAGCGGGGAGAAUCCUAACACCCCACUUGGUUCUUGAGAGUUUAAUGAAAUGAUGUGCAGAGAAGCGGAAAAAUGGUUACAGGGCCCAAGUCACAGCAUCUCCUAAUUGAGACUGGAGAGCCAAAGAUUCACUGGCUUCCAACUAGCCAGCUUUUAAAAUAAAUUACAUUUUUGCAGAAGUGUCAUUUUUACUGGGAAAAAAAUAUAUAACAUAACCUUUCCACCAAAAGUUAAGCAAUGGAUUUAAUUACCCAUAUAUUUCACCUAACUUAACAAAUCUUAAAAAAAUGUUUAUGUCAUACCUUCGACAUGUGCCUGUUGUGUGUGUGUGUGUGUGUGUGUGUGUGUGUGUGUGUGUGUUAUCAUCACACUCAGUUUUUUAAAGCACAUGUUUCCAAGAAAAUGAAACAUCUCCAGGCAUCAGAAAAGCACCAGGGCACGUGGGAAGGAAGAGAUCGGUAGCUCAGAAUUGACCCCUGAGAAGAUCACAGGAUUAUGAGCAGAAGAACAAGAGAAAGGCAGCUGGAUUUGGGUUUAGCUAUCAGACCUUGUCCCCUCCUUGCUGCAGAGAGUGGCUCUGGGUCUCCCGCUGUCAGGAGCUGAAUGGUGGGGCACAGCUUCCUGCACCUCCAGGGCCUGAGGACUGUGUGGGGAGCCCUGGGGCUGAGGGAGGGGCUGGGGGAACCUGCCCCACCCCCAGCCACCUGGGAAAAGGAAGCAGAAAAAGGAGAAACUUGCACCAGUGACCACACUUCCUUUUGGGGACGUUUCCGCAGAAAGCAGCUCUAUGGCAGAACAGAACCAGAGAGGAGGAACUUUCGGCCACGGUCUAGUAACACUGAGGUGUCAGUCGGGGCUGCCAUGGGCUCCGUGAACUCCAGAGGACACAGGGCAGAAGCCCAGGUGGUGAUCAUGGGCCUCGACUCGGCGGGCAAGACCACCCUCCUGUACAGACUGAAGGGCCAUGAGCUGGUGGAGACCCUACCCACUGUUGGUUUCAACGUGGAGCCUCUCGAAGCCCCCGGGCACGUGUCUCUGACUGUCUGGGACGUGGGGGGGCAGAGCCCGCUCAGGGCCAGCUGGAAGGACUUUCUGGAAGAUACGGAUAUUCUCGUGUAUGUGCUGGACAGCGCAGACGAAGCCCGCCUGCCCGAGGCAGUGGAGGAGCUCAGGGAGAUCCUGGAUCACCCCAGCAUGGCUGAUGUCCCUUUCCUGGUGCUGGCCAACAAGCAGGAGGUGCCUGGCGCCCUUCCUCUGGUGGAGAUCAGAAAUAGGCUGGGCCUGGGGAGAUUCCAGGAUCACUGCUGGGAGCUGCGGGCCUGCAGUGCCCUCACUGGCCAGGGGCUGUCGGAGGCCCUGCUGGCGGUGAGAGGCCUCCUGAAAUCCCGCAGAUGCUCCUGUCUCCGGGCAGGGAUGAUGAGCAGGGCAGGGAGUGGGGAGAGCAAGAAAUCUUGACUGGGGUGGAGCAGCUUAUCUUUGCUCUUUGGGACUGGAAGACCCAGCCAAUCCUGGAGAUACUUAAGCUCCAACAAGAAUUCCUUCUGUAGUUGGACAGGACAUUUUCUUCUCCGCCGUAUUGUCACUGGUGUUUAUGAUGAAAUCUGCUGUUCUUUGACUAAUAAUAUUUAAAGAAAUCAA